AUGAGAGAUUCAAAUUAUAAAUCAAUAUCUUUAAACAGAGCUGCAGUCUCAAUAUCAACAAACCUUUAUGACAGGCGUGCCUUGGAUUCAACUUCUGAUAGACCUCUAGUCAACUCUUUAAACCAUCUAACUUUCCUGACAAGCUCUUCUGCAAAAGUUCGUGAAACUUUAUCCACUGAUGGUGGGUUGGAAAGAUUAGUUGGUAUAUUACAUGAAUGUAAGAAAAAACCUGAUAAUGUUGUUGGUGAAAAGAAGAAAACUAUAGCUCAAGAGAAAAAUGAUGCUAUUAUAGCUUGGAAAUGGACUUUGGCUUUCCAAUGUUUAGUACUGAUUGGUACAAGAGGUACUGAAUCUAUUAGGAAAAGAGUUGUGGAGGCUGGUAUUAUCCCCAUAAUUGCAACGGUAUUGGAUAAUUAUCUUUUAAUUGUGAGAAAUUUUGAUAAUAAUAUUGAUAAUAAUCUAAAUGAUAAUUUUUUAAAUUUGGUUAAUCUUCAACAAAAACAAUCAAUUUUACAACAACAACAAGAUUCAUUAUCAAAAGAAAAUUAUGAUGAUUAUGAUGCAGAGAUUAAAAAUUAUUUAAACAGUAACUCGGAAUUGUUUAAUUAUUUACAUGAAGAUUAUAAUACUCCACCAUCAACAAGUUCAUCAUCAAGUCAAGAGGAAGCAAAUAAUACCACAAAUUCUCCAAUCCAAGUAUUGAGAAAUAUAAAUAAUGAAAUCAAUAUUCAACAAAAUUUACAAGAUAUCAAUCAAACUAUAAAUUCUCCAAGAUUCUUCCUUAAUGGGAUCUUGAUUCCAAAAGAAGAUGAUGUUGUUUGGUCUUUACAAUUAUUAGCAUUCAUUUCAAAAUAUUCAAAUUUAAAAGAUUUCUUACAAUUUACAAAUCUUGUUGAUCCAUUAUCCCUCAGAUCUUUAUUGAACAAGAAUAAUUCUUCAAAUCAACAAAAUUGUUCAAUUCCUCCACCUCUGGAAAAUGAUGAUUUAGAUAAUGAAUUAGAAUAUGAAUUGAUUUCAAAUUUAUCAUCUGAUGAAAAUGAUAAAAAUAAUCAUCAAAAUCAACAACAACAACAGCAGCAACAACAACCAUCAAAUACUCAAUCAACUAUUGAAGAUUCCUCUCAAUCACAACCUCAAACUCAACGUCCAUCUUCACAAUCUUCAACUUCUCAAAUUUUGAUCCAAAAUAAUAACGAAUCAAACGAUAAUAUCAUAACUGAUAAUGAUGAAUUAAUCAAUUCAAAUAAUGAAAAACCUGAUUUAUCAACUCUUGUUAAUCUAUAUUCUCAAUCAAAUUCAAUCAAUAAUUCAAAUAAAAAUUUAAACAAUUUAAACAAUAUCAAUAAUAAUAACGUCAAUGAUCAACUAAUAGAGAAGAAACAAUCUUGCUUUACAAAAUCAUUACUGAAUUCAUUCAUCAAAUUUGCUCAUUGUUGUGAAAAAGAAUCACCACCUCCUUCACCUCAUCCAUCAAAUGAAGCUAAAACUCUAAGUCUUAUUGAAUUAACAAUAAAAUUAAACAAAUUUUAUCAAAGAAAACAUUCAUUAAACAAAUUGACCAAAAUUCAAUCAAAUAUUAAAAAACGUGAACAAUAUCAAUCAAAAUGGAAUUAUAACUCAUAUUUCCAAAAAAACCCAUCCUCAUCAUCUGAUAUCGACUCUUCAUUAAAAAUCACCCAUCAUUUAAACAUCUUCCCCCUCGUGGAAAAAUUCACAAUAAAAUCAAUAAAUUCUCCAGACAUGUGUUAUUGGUCCGGGGUAAUAAUGAGAAAUUCAUGUAGGAAAGAUGAAUCAAGAGGUGGUGUUAGACAAUGUGCAAGUUUUGAUUGUGGGAAAUGGGAAGAAUUCCCAAGACAAUUUGCUAAAUGUCGUCGUUGUAAACGUACGAAAUAUUGUUCCAAGAAUUGUCAAUUAAAAGCUUGGGUCUAUCAUAAACAUUGGUGUGUUGAUUCAAAUAGUUCAAGUUCGGGAAUGUCGAGUGGGAGAAUCCAGAAUAGUCAACGACAAGAGGAGAAUGAAGGUGCUGGUGGUGCUGGUGCUACUACUCAACUGAAUGAGAAUUUGAAUUUGUAA